UGCCUUCCCUUCGUCCCUUUGCGCGCCUAAAUGUGGGAGAUGUCUCGGCAGCGCCGGAAAGUCGCCCGGGUUGAUGAAACAAUUGGAAGGAAGAUCCUAAGUUACCUCGUCUGAAGCGUCCCCCCCCCUUCUUCCCCUCUCUCCUCCUCUAUAAGAGAAGAUUGGAGACAACAUGCAGUCUUUCAUUCAGCGUGGAGCUGCCUUCUUCACGCCCAGUCGGUCGGUUACUCCCAAAGAAAGCCCCCAACCCAGCAGCGAUGAUGUCGUCGAAGAGUUCAAGCAGGCUCCGGCAGCCGACACGCUCUUUCCCAAGGUCGACCCCGCCGUGGACGGCGAAGAGUGUCUACACGACUGCGCAUCCUGCACGGUGAAGUAUCCGGCCAAGUUCGAGGUGGAUCAGGAGGACAAUAUGUACGGCAACAUCAACGAAUGGGCCACUCAUGUACUGGUCGCGACCGGCAAGACGGACUGGGUGCGCGAUGUCGCCGACGAGCCGGGCAGUGUCAUGGAGGCGAUUGAGAAGGGAGGACUUGUUCCAAGCAAUGGGAAACUCAAGCUCUCCGCCUCGAACAUGCCCGUGCCCGACGAGUACCACCACCACGAGCAAGGCCAACAGCCCACUACCGUUCUCCUCCUCCCCAGUUUCUCCGUCAUCGAUCAAGUCACUCCAGCUCUGGCGCCCGAUCUCAUCAAGUACUUCGUCAACCCCUCCCCAACGACCACCACACCGUUACGGUUGACCAGCCACCCAACCCCAACAACAACAACCACUUCUUCCUCGUCGACAGAGGACCAACCCACCACCACCGGCCCCGAAACCGAACCUACUCCUUUGACCCUCGACCAAAUCCACACUCUCACCCCGCUCCGCUCCCGCCCCUGUCCCCACUCCGCCGUCAUCCUCCUCUGCUCGCACCGCACCCGCGACGCCCGCUGCGGCCAAUCCGCCCCCUUGCUCCGCAAAGAAUUCGAGCGCCACCUGCGCCACCUGAACCUCUACCGUGACCUCGACGACGAGCGACCCGGCGGCGUGGGCAUCUACUUCAUCAACCACGUUGGCGGCCACAAGUACGCCGCGAACGUGAUCAUCUACCGUCGGCGCGACUGGGAGUGGCAUCUCCGUCAGGAGGACGGCGGUGCUGGUUCCGGCGGUGCCGCGGAGCAAGAAGGCGCGGCCCAGGGCAUCUGGCUGGCGCGCGUCAAGCCGCAGGAUUGCGAGAAUAUCAUCCGCUACACCGUGCUGCAGGGCAAGGUGGUUAAGCCGGCGGAGCAGUUGCGGGGUGGCUUUGAUCGGGAGAGGGGGCUGACUAGUUGGUAGAUGAAACCUGCAUGGGUUUCGGGAUUGGGUUUCUUCUUGGCUCAACAUAAAACCUUCUUUUGGAUGCAUUUAAAUAUAUAUAUAUAUAUUUUAUGUAUGUAUGUAUGUAUGUAUAUUGAUAUUUGACAUAUACACUAGAUAAC